AGAAAACGCCCAGUUGAAUUGAAUCUAGAACGUCUGUUGCAUAUUGCCUCUCUUUGUUUUAUUUUCCCUCUUUCCUCUCUCUCUCACUCUCUCUCUUUCUAUCCGUUUGUGUAUUGAUAUUUUCUCCCCUACGUUUAUGUGAAAAAUCAAAUAUGUGUGAGAGUUAUUUUCAGUGAACUCUGAUCUCCUUCAGGCUCAUUUGUGACCAUUUGGCUCUGAAGACUGCUUUACAUUGGGACAUACAUUUUUGUAUUCUUACAUCUGAAGAAGACAGGAAUAACCCGAUGUUAAUUCUCGUUAACACCUGUCCUUGCAUCUCCAUCUCCAGUCUGGCCCUUCACUUUCUCUCUCCACCCGUUAUUAUCUUCUAUGGUAAUUUUCUUGGCCUUGUUGCCUACUAACCACAAGGCAGCGACAUAGGGCGACUUGCGACUUGAUGAAAAUCAAAUUACAAUCUUCAAAGUAUUACGUGUGCUCCUUGUUUGGUGCACGUUUGGCUGGAGAAGGAGUAGAGAGAGAGGGAUCAUCUUCUGAGUGUCUUAUAACAUCAAACGGAAUCAAGAGUGACUGCUGCCUAUCAUCGCGAUGACCAGUCAGAAAAUGAGAAGUAUGGCUUCAUCCUACGGAACGGCCGAGUGGGGGCUCCAUUUCCAAGAGGCGAAUGGGGAUUGUCAAUCUCCGAUCAAUAUAAACUCUCGAGAGACUGUCUACAAGGAGAGUCUUAACCAACCCCCGUUAGAAGUCAAUUAUGCACUGUGUCGGGAUUGCGAUCUUAUCAAUACAGGCACUGGUAUACAAAUCAUCUUCAAAUAUAAAUCAGAUGUCGGGAUGACAGGUUUACGUGAUACGAGUCUAGAUCCUGUACCAAAGUCGGUUCUAAGCGGUGGACCACUACCUCGUAAUUCAAAGUUUGAGUUAGCUGCCUGUGCUUUUCACUGGGGUCAGAAAGAUGAUAGAGGCUCCGAGCAUACUGUCAACUUCAAAGCUUAUCCUAUGGAGCUUCACCUAAUUCACUGGAAUAGUUCAACCUAUAAUACGCUGGAGGAGGCGAUGGGGAAACCACAUGGUAUAGCCAUCAUAGCUCUCUUUAUACAGGUCGGUCGAGAGCAUACCGGCCUUCGAACAUUUACCGAUUACCUUGAAGCCGUCCAGUAUAAGGGAAGAACUUUAGGGGUAACAACGCCAUUUCAUCCAAGUUGUUUACUUCCGGAUCCUCAACUUCGUGAUUUUUGGACGUACCAAGGUUCCUUGACCACGCCCCCUUGUUACGAAAGGGUCACUUGGAUUCUCUUCCGGUAUCCCCUCACGAUAUCCAUCUCACAGAUGGAAGAGUUCCGACGAUUGAAGAAUCACGUGAAAGGUGAUUUCUCCUUCCGGGGCGAAGAGGGAUUGUUGGUGGAUAACUUCCGGCCAACACAGCCACUCAAUGAUAGAACAAUAGAAGCCUCGUUCCAGUAAUCUAAUCAUUCGUAUAUAUUUGAUAAUUUUGUCAUUGUGCAGUGUAAAUAUAUUCAAUAUAUAAAAAUAUGUGUUUGAAGAAUUAUGUAUGGUAUUAUUAUUUGAAUUGAAUAUCAUAAUGAUAAAGAGAAGAAAACAAUUAUAUCUUAUUCUACAAACCCAAUUAAAAACAUCAUGUGUCUGUUAAAACAGACAUUGGCAGAGGAUAUGUAUGCCUUUAUUAUUCAUAUAAGAAUUUCAACAUAUUUAAUAUCAUUCAUACUUUAUCGAUUUGAUCAGUAGGUCUAUAUAAUAGGGCGGAGCUCUAUUAAAAUUAGUUACAUUAUUGCCAACUGAAUAGUAUAGAUUUGUCCAGAUUGGCAAACUAUAAUCGGGUCAUUGUAAUGCACAUUCCAUGUCUUAUAGUCAUAGGGAAUCAGUUUGGUAUUGUCUAGUAAUAAACUUAUAGGUGUGUUUUAUAAUUGAAUUCAUAUAAAUACCUCACUUGAAAAGACGUGCAUAAUUCAUUAAUUUUCCAAAUCUGAAUUCUCUGAAAAAAAAUUGCUAUUAUGAUGAAUAGAUAGAUUGGAAUGAAUAUGUUCCAAUAAGUUUUAUGAUAACAACCAACCCACUUAAAGAAAGUGCUGUUUACCUCAUAUCAUGUUCAUCUAUCUCAUUAUUAUACUCGACUUUUUGCUUUAUUUUUCACAUGUUUAUUACUCAAAAUGAUAUUAGCUAUAUUUUCACUAUGCACCAAGAUACAGUCGCAGGCACAGGCAUACCUGUAAAACUUUUAUUUGUCUACAGUUUUUGCUUCUGAAUGAAUUUAUAUGGUAAUUACAUGCCUGCAAAAUAAUACAUUAUGAAUAUCAUGAACAAACUAUCAACAAUAAUUCACACAAAGCUAAUAUGCACAAUGUGCGUAAUAAUGUCUUCCGGCGAUACGAUACUAACGAACAAAAUUUUGUAGCUCUGUUUCAAUGUAUUUGUUAUUACAACAUAACAAGCUAUAUCGUCAAACUGUGAAUCAAAAUUACAAAUAAUAGCAAAAUUGAGUUGACGCAUGAUAUCGUGUUACCAUGACACAUAUAAAGCCCCGCCCCAUCAUGAUUACUGAACAAAGGAGAGGUACAUUAUUUUGAAAGAAAGGAGUUAAAUGAGAAGUUUUUUGGUAUUAUCAUGAUUAUCACAGAAAAUGAAUCGACAAACUUAACGUAUAUAUCAUGAGAAUAGAGUAUACAGAUAAACGUAUGAAUUCGAAGUACAUUUGUAGAGUUGUGGAUUCAAUCCGCUUUAGAAGAUAUUUUGAAAAGGAGCUUGAAUUCAAAUUUUAUUUCCACAGUUAAAAACAUACAUAUAUAUACAAAUCAAUGACACUGAGAUAUAUGGAGGGGUCAAAGAAAGCACAACUUAUUGUAUAAAUUGGUCCCAUACUGGAUUUCUGAAAACUUUUGUCGUAUGAAUAAAUACAAAAAAUAAUGCUACAAUUAAUGAUGGAAAUGCGUUUAUUAAAGUUUAAAUCUACACGUUUUGGAGAACUAUGCAUGUAUAUCAAAUAUAUGUGUACAUUAUAUUUUAUCUAACCAGAAAAUGAUAUGCCUGUUGAAAUAUAAAAAAAGUUUUCAAAAAUAUUGUAAAUCCGCUUUAAUUGAAUAAUCAUUCAUCCCGGAAAGUGCUGUUUUUUUCUGUUCUGACUGUGAUUUUUAUGUAUAAAUCAACACAAUGAUUGCUUGUCUGUUGAAGGUCGUGAUAUCUUUUUUUUUCAUUUUUAUACGACAUUCCUUUUUCACUAUGUUAAACUGAAGAUAGCGUCGUCACGUGGAUAUGACACCUGGUAAAUUUUACCACAGUAUCAAUAAAUUAGUUUGAGUAAUAAAAUACAAAAUUAAUUAGAGUAUAUUACCAUGAUAUAUAGUAUUUGAUAGUAAUUAUCAAGCAAUUUGGUGGGCAUAUUCUUAUUUAUUUUGUUGAAUUAAUUUGUGAAUUAUUGUUGAAGAUCUAGUAGAGUAUUUUUCUCAUCCACUUCUCCCUAAAACCCAGAUUUAGAUACUGAAAUAGCCCGUUUAAACUAUUAAUAAUUAUUACUUCUUUGCUCGAGAAGAAUUGAAAAUAAAGAGUAUGGUUAUUCC